GGGCCGCUUUGGAGGGAGCGCCUUCUGACAGAAAAAAAGCGCCCACACGGUCGCAGGCAGCAAGCAGAGCUCACGGGGCUGGCUUUGGCGUUUGCCCCCGCCGUCCACUCGCCCGCUGGCACUUUUUUGUCGAAGAGGAAGCACGAGGGAGAGGAGCGGAAGGGCGCCUUGGUGCGCCGCGCGCUCCGUCGAAGCACCGCUUGGCUUUGUUCACUUCCAACGGAAAGGCGGAAAAGACCUUAAAAACACAAACAAACACUAUGAGGGGAAGGGAGGCGAAAACUUUCCUCAGGUGCACGUGGGAGCGAUAAGGCAAGACCUGGACGGCUUCUCUCCCACGCAUCCCCAAACCCUUUCCCCAAGCGAGUCAACCGAGCCCUGGGGAGGCAAAGAGGGGGUGUCUUCACUGCGGUGGGUAUUCACACAGCCCCCCUGAUCCCUGUUGCCUCCAUGCCGGGCGAGGAGGAGAGGCAGCUGUUGUUGAUCCAGAGGCGGAGGCGCUGGUGGCACAGGAUGGCCUGCUCCGUGCGAGGAGAGCCCUUGGUGCCCGUGCUACUGGUCUCCUGGACUUCGGCAGCCUUCAUCAUCUCAUACACCAUCGCAGUCCUCGAUGGCCACAUAGAGCCGUUUUUCCCCUAUAUCAGUGAUACAGGAGCAAAGCCUCCAGAAAGUGUUAUCUUUGGAAUUAUGAUUACCAUUUCUGCAGUCCUAGGUGCAAUUACAAUGAUCAUGAAAUAUUUGAUGUUAAAGAAGCAAAAUGAAAUGACACAUUUUAAUUCCUCUUGUUUCAAUUUACUGGCACUAUGUUUUGGAAUCCUGGGUUGUAUUGGAAUGAGUAUCAUUGCUAGCGUUCAGGAGCUGACAUAUCCUGCUGUCCAUGAUGGAGGGGCUCUUGUGGCAUUUGUGUCUGGCACGAUAUACAUUGUACUUCAGACAGCCAUCUCGUAUAAGUUGUACAAGGAAUAUCCACAGUGGUGCACUCCAUGUAUAUGGCACACAAGGCUGGUCCUCUCUGUCAUGACCAUAAUGGCUCUUUUCCCCAUGAUUGCAUGUGCUUCACUAAUUUCCGUCACAAAAAUAGACUGGAAUCCAGGGGAAAAGGAGUAUGUGUAUCAUUUGGUAGGCGCAGUGUGCGAAUGGAUCGUAGCCUUUAGUUUUGAGAUGUUCUUCUUAACUUUUGUCUCAGACUUUCAGAGGAUUACCAUGCAUGUAACAAUGGAAAUACAUUGAAGCCCCUGACAACUUUAUGUUAUGAUUAGUAUUUAGAUAUUGGUGUUCUUAUUUAAAAAAAAACUGCUGUGGAGCGACAAGACCAGUCAGAACUGAUGUGACUGCAGGCUGUGGCAUCAGUGCUGUGAUUUGGAUAAUCACAAUCAAGGAAGAGACUCUCUUAAAAGUCUAUCAACAUUCCUUAAUGUAUUGUAAUCGGGUUCUGUAUCUUUUUUGUGCAAUUCUUCCAUUUUGGCGGGAAAUAAAACUGGAGACGUUUUAACAGUG